AUGAGAGGCGACCACAAAGAGCUGACGAUUAUUCUAGAGGCUAUCGCAUCACAUGAUCUUUGGAUAUGGCAUGCAUUCUUUGGUCCAACUGGUGCAAACAAUGACAUCAACGUGCUAGACCAGUCGCCUGUAUUCAACGAUAUCUACCUUGGAAAGUCACACGAUGUACCUUUUCAAGCAAAUGGGGUAGCAUAUAAGCGUGGAUACUAUCUUACUGACGCUAGGAAGGAUGUGGAGCGAGCAUUUGGUGUACUUAAGAGACGUUGGCAAGUACUAACGGUCGGGGCAAGAUCAUAUGAGGUGAAAAGGUUACAACACGUAAUGUAUGCAUGUAUCAUAUUGCAUAAUAUGAUUCUUGAAGACGAAGGAAGAGAAAUAUGUCGAUACAAUGAAAAUGAAGUUUUGCCAAAUGUCGAAGGAGUAGCCAUUGGUACACAAGAGUAUAGGGUGAAUAGAAGAGAAGUACACAAUCGCGACCUUCAUCAGGCCCUUCGUGCUGAUUUGGUGGAGCACAUUUAUAGGGCUCAUAUUCAUCCCCCACAAGAGUUAUCUUACGAUGAUUAUGUGUUUGACGAAUCAGAUGAGGAUUCUGAUAUGUUCGUCGAGAGUGAAGAUUCUGACGAUGAGAGUGACGUUGGGGAGAAUGAUGCAGAUGAUCAAGGCGAGGACGAAGACGAUGAUUCCGAGUGA